UAAUGGAUACCGAUCUGUCAUGUCUUCUCCUUCCUCCUCCUCGCCGCUAUGUUACCGGCUGGGAUGUCUCGAGAGUCCAGAGAGAGGAGGAGAGAGAAAGAGUUAGAUGACAAUAAACCGUUUGAGUCGCCAUCUGAGAGGACGAUACUCGUGGAUGGAUGGACAGAUAGAGAGGGAGAAAGAGACACAGACGGAGAGAGACAGAGUGAAAGUGAGAGAGAGCUGGUGUCCUUUACGCACAUUACGCACAGAUCUUUGCCGUGCGUCCUGGCGCAUCCAGUAACCAGAGUUUGUAAGAGGACAGCAGAGGAGUGAAUGACUGUUGGUGUGUAACUUUUGAAUCUAAAUGUCUUAUUUGGACUUCAGGUGCAUGACUUAUUUCCCUGAGUCUCUGCGGCAGAGUGUCUCCACUCCAACUGUUUGGUACUAAAUGCUGCGGCGUUGUUACCUGGACCUCCCCGUGGUUUUGGAGCAGGUGUUUAUUUCACGGUAACAGUUUGUCUCUCGGUGCAUUGGUGACACUUUGGACUGGUUUUAUCGUCUAACCGGGCGGACAUGUCGGGACAGAAACCGUCCUUGAAGAGCGGUGGCUCUGCUCAGAGCCGCUUCCAGGUGGAUGUGGUGACAGAGGCAUCAUCCGCAGCGCCCACAGCAACCGCGGCCCCGGCCCCUGCUCCUGCCCCGACCUCCACCGACGGAUCCAAGCAGCCUGAUGAGUCUAAAGGUCGGUUCAGGGUGGUGGGGUUCUUGGAUUCCGGCGCGCUGGGCAGCGCGAUGGACAUCGGCCUCCCGCCUGAUGUGUCCUACGAGCCGGACACGGCGAGGAGCGACUCGGUCAGCCUCCAUUCAACGGGCACAGGGCACACGCACAUCUCCGACUCCCACUCCAACACCUACUACAUGAGGACCUUCGGACACAAUACCAUAGACGCUGUGCCCAACAUCGACUUCUACCGGCAGACUGCUGCGCCCUUCGGGGAGAAGCUUUCCAGACCUUCGCUGUCGGAGCUGCACGAUGAACUCGAUAAAGAGCCGUUUGAGGAUGGUCUGGCCAAUGGAGAGGAGCCAUCAGCAGCUGAGGAGGCGGCUGCGGCCUUGGCAGCAAAGGAGGCGAAAGGAGGAACUAUCAAGUUUGGUUGGAUCAAAGGAGUCUUGGUCCGCUGUAUGCUGAAUAUUUGGGGUGUGAUGCUCUUCAUCCGAAUGUCCUGGAUUGUCGGACAGGCUGGAAUAGGACUGACCAUUGCGAUCAUUCUGAUGGCCAGUCUGGUCACCACCAUCACUGGUCUGUCUACCUCUGCUAUAGCAACCAACGGUUUCGUACGAGGAGGAGGGGCGUACUACCUAAUCUCCAGGAGCCUGGGGCCAGAGUUCGGAGGCUCCAUCGGCCUCAUCUUUGCCUUCGCCAACGCCGUGGCUGUGGCCAUGUACGUUGUAGGCUUCGCAGAGACAGUCGUUGAGAUGCUUAAUGAUGUUGACGCUCUGAUGACUGAUGAGCUAAAUGACAUCCGUAUCGUCGGAACUCUGACUGUCAUCCUGCUGCUGGGAAUCUCUGUAGCUGGGAUGGAGUGGGAAGCCAAGGCUCAGAUUGUCCUCCUGGUGAUCCUGCUGGCAGCCAUCGCUAACUACUUCAUAGGAACCUUCAUGGCAGUGGAAAACAAAGAGCCCAAAGGAUUCUUUGGAUACCACACUGCCAUCCUCUUAGAGAACCUGGGUCCAGACUUCAGAGAGGAGGAGACGUUCUUCUCCGUGUUUGCCAUUUUCUUCCCUGCAGCCACUGGGAUCCUGGCUGGAGCCAAUAUCUCCGGAGACCUCACCGACCCACAGUCAGCGAUCCCUAAAGGUACUCUGCUGGCCAUCGUCAUCACUGGAGUCACCUACGUGGCUGUUGCCAUCUCUGCAGGCUCUUGCAUUGUCAGGGAUGCAACUGGUGACCACAACGACACAGUGAGCGACACGGUGAACUGUACCGACGCUGCCUGCACGCUUGGCUAUGACUUCUCCAUCUGCAAGGAGGGAGGCUGUCAGUACGGCCUGAUGAACGACUUCCAGGUGAUGAGUCUGGUGUCAGGCUUCGGUCCUCUGAUCUCUGCAGGGAUUUUUUCAGCCACUUUGUCCUCGGCUCUGGCCUCGCUGGUCAGCGCGCCCAAGGUCUUCCAGGCUCUGUGUAAGGACAACAUCUACCCAGGGCUGGGUGUGUUUGCAAAGGGUUAUGGGAAGAACAACGAGCCUCUCCGUGGUUACGUCCUGACCUUCUGCAUCGGCCUAGCCUUCAUCCUCAUCGCGGAGUUGAACAUUAUUGCUCCCAUCAUCUCCAACUUCUUCCUGGCCUCGUACGCUCUCAUUAACUUCUCUGUCUUCCACGCCUCCCUGGCCAACUCUCCGGGGUGGCGCCCCAGCUUCAAGUACUACAACAUGUGGGUGUCUCUUGCUGGGGCGAUCCUGUGCUGUGUGGUAAUGUUUGUCAUCAACUGGUGGGCAGCUCUGGUCACUCUGCUCAUCGUCCUCGCUCUCUACAUCUACGUCAGCUACAAGAAACCAGAUGUGAACUGGGGAUCAUCCACUCAGGCUCUGAUCUACAACCAGGCUCUCACUCACUGUCUGAACCUCACUGGAGUCGAGGACCACGUUAAAAACUUCAGGCCACAGUGUUUGGUGCUGGCUGGAUAUCCAAAUUCUCGUCCAGCUCUGCUUCAGCUGGUUCAUUCUUUCACCAAGAAUGUCGGCCUCAUGGUUUGCGGUCACAUCAGGACUGUGUCCCGUCGGCCAAACUUUAAGGAGUUGGGCCAGGAUCGAGCCCGCUGUCAGCGCUUGCUGAAUAAAAAACGCAUCAAGGCCUUUUACACUACUGUUUUCGCUGAAAAUCUGAGGCAUGGGACACAGUUCCUCCUGCAGGCUGUCGGUUUGGGUCGUCUGAAGCCCAACACAUUGGUCAUGGGUUACAAGAACAACUGGAGUGAUGGAGACAUGAGAGAUGUGGAGAUUUACAUCAACACUAUACACGACGCCUUUGACCUGCAGUUUGGAGUGGUGAUCCUCCGACUGCAGGAGGGACUGGACAUCUCUCACAUCCCGGGACAGGACGAGCUGCUGUCAUCCCACGAGAAGCCACCAGUUAGCACUAAGGAGGUGGUGGUUUCUGUCACCCUGGCUAAAGACUCAGACUCUGACUCCUGUCCUUCAAAAACCACCAGCAACCAGAGCAGCCCGCUCAUCAUCAGAGAGACCAAGUCUCCUCUGAGUCUGACUGACCAGCGUCUGCUGGAGAGCAGCCAGCAGUUUAAGAAGAAGCAGGGCAAAGGAACCAUAGACGUCUGGUGGUUGUUUGAUGAUGGAGGUCUUACUCUGCUGAUUCCCUUCCUGCUGACUAACAGGAGCAAGUGGGGCGACUGCAGGAUCCGCGUCUUCAUUGGAGGGAAGAUAAACCGCAUCGACCACGACCGCCGAGC